AUGGUAAUGUCUACUUCAGAGUCGAAGUUGCAUAUGCUGCAGUUUAGGAGUAGUAGUGUCUAUGAGACAAGUAAAUGUAGACAUUUUGUCUCAGCACUUUGUAACUUUGUGGAAUUCUUGGCAAUUGUUCUUUUUCCAAUCUUGCGAUUAGAAGCCACGGCAUUUGGUCCUCCAGUGCUCGCUCUUGUGCUUGUUGCUUCAUUGGCUUUAUUCCCUGUGGUUCUGAUUCCUUCCGGCCCCUCAAUGUGGCUAGCUGGUAUGAUUUUCGGUUAUGGCCUGGGAUUUGUUAUAAUCAUGAUUGGAACAACCAUUGGAAUGAUCCUGCCAUACUUAAUUGGUUUCCUCUUUCGUGAUCGUAUUCAUCAAUGGCUGAAGAGAUGGCCUCAAAAGGCUGCUAUGAUCAGAUUGGCUGGGGAAGGAAGUUGGUUCCAUCAGUUUAAAGUUGUUGCACUGUUUCGGAAUUCACCAUUUCCAUACCCCAUCUUCAAUUAUGCAAUUGUUGUAACAAGUGUGAGAUUCUGGCCUUAUUUAUGUGGAUCAGUAGUAGGGAUGAUACCAGAAGCCUUCAUUUACAUCUACAGUGGGAGGCUGUUGAGGACAUUAGCAGAUGUCAAGUACGGGAACCAUGUGAUGACUCCAGUGGAGAUUAUUUACAAUGCCAUCUCCUUCAUCUUUGCAAUAGUCACUAUAGUUGCUUUUGGAGUCUACACAAAGAGAACUUUGAACAAACUUAAAGCAGAGUCCAAGGGGCAAGACUCCACCAUUGCACAGUAGAGAUUUUUGAAUGGGAUAAACUUAUAUACAAACAUUAAUCCUAGUUUUUUCAAUUUAUUGUCUUGUUUGUAGCUUUCAUGUUGGUUUAGAUCUCUUCAUUCUCUUGAUGUAAAUGUUUGUCCAAAAAAAAACUGAAUGCUUUCUAUUUGUAAUUUCUGUUAGAAAUAAUACCAUCUUUUUUUCAGUAUCUCAUAGUCUGUGACAAGGAAAGUUCUAUAUUUUACCUUAUGCCAUGUCAGGAGCUGAAGAAUAAAAAAUAUGUUGAAUUAUUUAGUACUUGUUGAAGGAAGAUGGUCUACUAAUAUUUUCUGGACGAGAAAGUUCGAUCUCAGAUGAUGUAGUUGCACUGUCCAUAGCCAUUUGCUGAGCGAGGCAAGUGGAAUUAGUUGAUUCAAAGGUCAGCCUAUUUAUACUUCCAUUAGUUCUGGAAGAACCGUGCUUUGUGUCUGAAGCCCAUGUCCGAAGCAGCUCUUUUGUGAAUUGUGCGAACAAAGUUUCUUUGAACAUGCUGCUCAUCUGCAUUUGGGAGCCAAAUAAUUCGUGGCUGCAUUUAGUGAAUGAAGGGCAUGUCUACUCACC